UUUCUUUUCAUUCCUUUUGAAAGUAGCUUGUCAAAAAGACCGCAUCCAGAAAACAUUUUAAUAUACUUCUGCCGCAUCUUCACUGAUUGACAUUUGCAAACGUUUAUCAAAAUAUUUUAUAUAUUCGAAUUUUAUAUCUAGUUUUUAUAAUUUAUUAGAGAAAACCAUAAAAGUUUAAAGAUGGCUCUUGUUAAACCAAAGUCUGAACUGACACCUGAAGAACUGGCGCGCCAAGAGGAAGAAGAAUUCAACACUGGUCCCCUUUCGGUUCUCACACAAUCAGUAAAAAACAACACGCAAGUUUUAAUUAAUUGCCGCAAUAACAAAAAGCUUCUUGGCCGUGUAAAGGCUUUCGAUCGCCACUGUAAUAUGGUUUUGGAAAGUGUGAAGGAAAUGUGGACUGAAUUACCUCGUACGGGAAAAGGCAAGAAAAAAGUUAAACCAGUUAACAAAGAUCGUUUCAUAUCGAAAAUGUUUUUACGCGGAGAUUCAGUGAUUUUGGUAUUGAGAAAUCCUUUGGCGACAGCAGCAGGGAAAUGAGACACUUUGUACGCAGACUUUAGUAUAUACACAUAGUUAUUAGCGUAAUAAAAAUGAAUAAUAAUAUUUUCUAAAA